UUUUUGACGGCAGAAGAUGCAUGACGUGCAUUGUUGAUGAAGACGCAGCGAGAAGGAAGACGGAUGACGUGCAGUGAUCUUGAAGACUCAGCGAGGAGGGAAGAUGGAUGCACUAGUGAUCUUGAAGACGCAAGACGCAGCGAGGAGGAAGAUGGUGAUAUGCAGUAAUUUUAAAGACACAAGACGCAGCGAGGAAGAGAAGAGAUGAUGUGCAGUGAUCUUGAAGACGCAAGACGCAGCCAAGAGGAAGAUGCGUGACGCACAGUGACCUUAAGAUGCAGCAUUACGUCCGAGGGAAGAAGUAACGAUAGACUUAUGGCGUCUUCAGUCGAUUACUGCGAGUUCCUCAGACCGAUAGAGACAAACCCUUCAAGAUCUGCUCAAGAAGACAUUGAUAAAUCAGUAAGACAACUGGAGGGCCUCUUAAUGGCGUCCUCAUGUGUGAGUACCUCAAGGAAAACAUCCCACACAAAUCAUCCUGCUCAUGGGAACGGGAGACAGAAAGGAGGAAGACCUGUGCGAGCUCUGUGAGUGGAAGGAGCAGCAAGUCUGUUUGCGACGUACUCGACAGAAGUAAAGCUAUAUUUGAGACCCUCGAGAAGAAUAAGAGCAUCCAAGAGCCUUCUCGGCCAGCAUCUUCAAGGAAUUCUGGAGACAGAGGAGUUUCCAGUGCUCGCUUCACGAGACCCGUGUGUCUGUACCUCAAGAUGGCUAGAGAGGUUGUGGUUCCCUUCUCACCAGCCCCUGACAAACGUGUGGAGAGACGCUGCACCAGUCUGGAGUCCUCGACAAAUACGAAUCCAGACUCCAUCAAAAUGGUAAACGGAAUAUCCGCUGCGAUCCCAGCUUCUGCAUCAGGAUUAAAAUUUAAGGAUGAGAAACAAUUUGUGUUGUCUGUGGCAACCAUUGAUGAGCAACAAGGCAAGAGUGACUUCUCUGCUGACUCUACGAAGGUUGUAGCAUCACCAGGUAAGCCAGUUUUGGAAAAAGAAAAACCCAAAAGCCAUCAAGACUAUACAAAUCCCUUGUUACAAAUAGAAUCAAGACAGAAAAAAUUGAACUCAAAUACUGAAUCACCUUUACGUAGGGACGAGGACCAGACAGAGAAUCAGCAAGUGAUUUCUACUCCCUCAGAGCGAUAUGCACAAACAGGGAAGAGAAAGGAAGCUGCUGGACGGUUCUCUGACUCAGUGAAUGAGUCGUCUGGUGAAGACAAGAUUGGCAGCACUUCUCCUGGCUGUAGGGAGGACAGUAACUCCACCACCACCAACCCCACUUGUAAGUUCCUCUCCAAAACAAAGAGGGAGGACAUUAACUCCAACACCACCAGCCCCACGUGUAAGUUCCUCUCCAACACAAAGAGUGAGGACAAUAACUCCAAUACUGCCAUGAACCCCACUUGUAAGUUCCUCUCCAACACAAAGAGGGAGGACAUUAACUCCAACACCACCAACCCCACGUGUAAGUUCCUCUCCAACACAAAGAGAGAGGACAUUAACUCCAACACCACCAGCCCCACGUGUAAGUUCCUUUCCAACACAAAGAGGGAGGACAGUAACUCCAACACCGCUGGUCCCACUAAUUCCAACAUUGCCGGUCCCACGUGUAAGUUCCUCUCCAACACACAGAGGGAGGACACUAACUCCAACACUGCCGGUCCCACGUGUAAGUUCCUCUCCAACACUAACUCCAUUCACUCAUUCCACCAUUCCUCACGUCCCACGUGCAAGUUCGUCGCCACCCCAAGGGGCAUCACUGGCUCCAACAUCUCUACCAACAAUUCCACCAACACCAGCCCAGAGGUCAGGUUCCUCGCCAACACUAACAGGGACACAGGUACCAGCAACUCACUCAGCCACAAGUGCCAGUUCCUCUUAAACACACACAGAGAGGACACUAACUCCAAAAUCACCAGCCCCACGUGUAAGUUCCUCUCCAACACAAAGAGUGAGGACAAUAACUCCAAUACUGCCAUGAACCCCACUUGUAAGUUUCUCUCCAACACUAAGAGGGAGGACAGUAACUCCACCACCACCAACCCCACUUGUAAGUUCCUCUCCAAAACAAUGAGGGAGGACAGUAACUCCACCACCACCAUCCCCACUUGUAAGUUCCUCUCCAAAACAAAGAGGGAGGACAGUAACUCCACCACCACCAUCCCCACUUGUAAGUUCCUCUCCAACUCAAAGAGGGAGGACAGUAACUCCAACACCGCUGGUCCCACUAACUCCAACACUGCCGGUCCCACGUGUAAGUUCCUCUCCAACACACAGAGGGAGGACACUAACUCCAACACUGCCGGUCCCACGUGUAAGUUCCUCUCCAACACUAACUCCAACUCAUCAGCCUCCACUUCCUCCACCCCCACGUGCAAGUUCGUUGCCACCACAAGGGGCAUCACUGGCUCCAACAUCUCUACCAACAAUUCCACCAACACCAGCCCAGAGGUCAGGUUCCUCGCCAACACUAACAGGGACACAGGUGCCAUCACCUCAACAGGCCACAAGUGCCAUUUUCUCAGCAAGACAACGACACCAGACCAGAGGUCCAACUUCAACAAUUUUACGUGCCAGAUCCUCACCAACAACAAUGGGAACACCAACAUUGGAGACCAAACACAGUCACUUCUCUACGAUAACACAACCAGUGUGUGGAUACCUCAAGAGAGAAGUGAUGUCUCAGACAAGGCUAACACCCACACUACUCCAGCCGAUACCCAAGAUACUCAGACAUAUAUUCCCACCGCUUCGCUUGUAUACCAAGCGCAUGAUAAAACCAUUUCUAAAUUUCCUAUGAAUCCUAGUGAUGGAAGGUCGUCAGUGGGUACUAAAAAGCUAUCACUUAGUAGUGAAAACAAGAAGAAUCUCCUUUAUAGGUACGAGAAAGUGCAUCCAAAUAUCAGUUGGACCAGCACUCAAUUCCCCAGGAAGAAUACCACAGAAGAAAGCAGUAGCGACAACAGAUUCUUAGCUAGUCACAUCAGACAGGGUGCAUUCCUUCGGCAGGUAACUCUCGAUUUGAAAAGAAUAUCCGGCCAUACUAAGGAGCUCGAAACAUCUGAGUUAAAAGCCGAAGUCGGAGCUGGAAAAUUCGUUUCUCGUGAGAAUGAGGAUGAAGAAGUUCGAAAUGUGAAGAGUGUUGUGUGGUCAGCGGGUGUACCAGGUGACUGGUUCACAGGAUCAUCAAGUCAGCAUAGCUUCCGCACUGACGGAGGAUCAUCAAGUCAGCACAGAUCGAAUACUGACGAAGCACUGCAGAAGACACAUGACAGCGAGUCUCGUCGAAGCCUCCACAACCUGACCUCGUCACCCGUGACCCUCACUCAAAGGGAAGAUGCUGAAAACUCAACUCUCAACAGUUCACCCAGAAAAAGCAGUCAACCAGCCCCAUUUUGUAAAUACCUCAAGUCAAAGGAUGAACUCCCUGAUAUGUCAACUGAUAUGUCUUGUGCAUAUCUUGCUAAGCAUCGAGGAACACAGUCGACAUUGGGUUUAUCUCUGGAAAAUAACAUAGGAUUCAUCAGGAAGCAGGUUACGGCGCCUCUGGGAGAGAAGAACAAGGAGCAAGCCAGAGGUAGCUAUCAUGGAUUUGAGCUUAGAUUAAUAUGUCUAGCCAGAGGGAGCUGUCCGCCACGGCUGAGGGUACUAGACCACUCUGUACGAUACGUGGAGAAAUGUAGAGACGUCGGGGCUUUGUUGUCCAGGGUUGACAAAGGUCCCUCGGCAAGUAGUAGAGGAAAGAUGGAUGGCCUCACCUUCAAUAAGGAAAAUGAAAGUGAAACUUUGAUUUGCAACUACGGCGUGAUGGAGGAUAAAGUAAAUGUGUCGUGUAAGGAAAAUGAAAGGCUAGCACCAACAACAUCAUCAAGUCAUGGUAAUGAGUGCAAGAACACGGCAACCACUGAAGCAGCAUCUAUGCCCUCACCUCAGCACUCUCACGUAAAUUACUGCAAAAUGGAUAAUUCAAAGCCAAACAGCAACGAACUUUUAAAGUCUGUCAAUGAAAACCCGAGGAAAUCACUUAAUUCUAAUAGGAACCUUUUCAAGAACCUAACACACAAUACACUCAGCAUUGGUCUUCGUGGAAAUUCUCCUAAAGAUCUAGAAUCUCAGUAUUUCAGUCUUGACAACUUACCAGUCUGCGUAAAGAAGUACAGUAAUAAUCGAUCUCUGAGUGCUUGCGGAUCUGUUGUUAACGGAGAGAAAUUUCUUUUCAAGGCCUCACCCUUAUCAGAACUCCCUGUCAUUAACCAACACGAUAUCGAAGACCAACACUCUUCGAGGGUCUGCACCCUGUCAAGGAGCAGCACCCUGUCAGAGAACAGUACCAUGUCAAGGACCAGCACUAUGUCAGGUAUCAGCACGUCUACAAGUCAAUGCUUGGCCCAGUAUGAGGACGAUGAAGAAUUCUCUGAUAGUUCUGGCAGCGAGGCUCUCGAGAAAUAUGACCGUAACCUUGCUGUGUCUAUCAGUCCAGUGCCUGACAGCUUCAGAGCCAAUGAUCUGGAUCUCGUUCCGCCUCCAUCAUCUUGUCAGGACGCGGGAGACGGGGCGCUCACUUUCGGAGACGUACAAACGGGAGCUGUGUCGCAACACGAUAUUGAAAUCUUUGCGUCAUCUCCUACUGAGACACCCGAGAGAAGAACAGACAAAUUAACGAAUCCUCUUGAAAAGAAGAGGACCAGUCAGAUAUGCCUUAUCAAUCUAAGAACACCCUCUCUAGCCUCCAAUUUCCCCAGUAAAGAGUUCCUCAGCAGUAAUAAAAUCAACACCAGCGAAUUUUCUGCUUUCGUCUCUAAGAAUCUUACAGCCAGCGAGAGACAGAAUCCCUUACAUAACAAAAAUAAUAUUAGAACCAGCAUGAAUGCAUUAAAAGGUGACCCCAGAGCGCAGGGCUAUGAUAGGACUCAGGAGAGUUUGACGAACUCAGAGACUCAUCUAAGCACCGGACAACAGGAGGACACAUCCAUUUCGAAGUCUAAAAGUGACCAUGACUCGUCAGCCGCACACGUUACUGGAAGUGUUCCUCGCGAGCUGCCGAAGGUUCAACGCUCUUGUACAUUUCUCCUGAAAGUACAAGAGCUUCUACGAAACUUGCCAACUUCUGAACCUCUACCUAAACUGCCAACCACUGAACCUCAACAUAACCUGCCAACUUCUGAACCUCAACAUAUCCUGCCAACCUCUGAACCUCUUACAUAAUCGUAAUGAGUUUCCAUUGGGGUCUUCAGAGAGAUUCUUCCUCAAAAGUGAUUCACUGCUUGCAAUAAUAACUUAUAAACAAAAACACAUAAGAAAAAUAUCUUUAAUUUUUUUCUAGAAAGUUAUUUUAACUUGACAGUUUUAGUAUUUUAUAAUGAGACAUAAACUUAGCAAAUCGACCGUGAUCAGUGCCGUCAGUUUGUAUGUGAAUUGCAACGGAUGGUGAAGGCUCGACCCUCUGUCUGCUUAUAGCUAGACAUGACCCAGUGUGAAGAAAUUUGUUGAUAAGCCCCUUUUUUAUACCAGUAUCUAAGUAACCAUAAGAGACUCCCAAGCACAUGUGAAGCGGUAAAAACUUAUGGGGCCAUUCCCCGUAAGAGAUAUGAUGAAGGUUCUAUCCUCCGUUCUAUCAGAGAAAUGAACACGCUGUACUUUACGAUACCCGCCGAUUUGUGUCGUUACUGACAAUAGCCAGUCACAAUUCUUCCCCCGCAGUAUUUUUUUAUAGCUGUCCCCCUAAUGGAUUCUUUGGAUGCUGUCCCAGUAUAGUAAAGAUAUAUGUACGUGUAGGUGUAGUAAUGUUACGUAUACCAGGAGUUACGACCCUCCCACUCCCAGGCUAUGUUCAACACAGCUUCACAAGUCCCAGUGAGUUACAGGAAUGCAUGAAAGUCCGCAAUUUAUGAAGAGUAGACAUAACCUAAGUGUUAGCAAAGAUAAUGGUCCCACUUGCUAUGAUAGGUCGAUGAUUUGUUUACUGUGAAAUAGUGAUGGAUUUGUGUCUAGUGCUGAUGAGUAUUGCAGUAGUUUGUGGCUGUUGUUGGAAAGUAGUGCUGUGAUUUGUGACUUUUGUUGGA